AUGCUGCGCGCCGCCGAUCUGGCGGUCGUCAUCGGCGGCACGCUGGAGGCCAUUGACGGCGCCCUGCCCCGCCGCCCGCCCUCCUUCUACCUCACGCAGCCCGAUGCCUUCACCCGCCUCCUGCCUCGCGACUUUGUGCCAGCCGAGCUGCUCGCGCAGGAGGCGGCGCAGCAGGCGGCCACGGAGCAGCAGCAGGCGGCGGCGGGGCCCACUGUGACGCCUGCGGCUGCAGCGGGAGGGGCGGCGGCGGGAGAGGAAGGCCCGCUGGACUGCCUGGAGGCUUGCUGCCUUCACGACGACCUUCACCUGUUCAGCCCCGCGGGGCCCGCCCGCAGCCUGCUCACCUGGGCGCGGCUGCCGCUGCCUCUUCUGUUUGAGGGGACUCAGUUUUGUUACCCCCUGCGCCAGUACACCCUGCCGGCGCCCGCACGCCAGCUGGCGCUGAACCGGUGUGCGGCCGCUGGGUGGGACUCCUGCCUCUGGCAUCCCAACCUUCCUAUCCUGGCAGCACGCUCGGACUAUCGACUGACACUGCUGCAGCUGGCGCCGGUGGGCAGCAGCACCGGCGAAGAGGAGGAGGGGGAGGAUGCGGAGGAGCGGCGGAGGGAGGUGGGCCGGCGGCGGCGGCGGCGGACAGACAGCGGCAGCAUGGGGGAUAGUUCGGGUGAAGAGGAGGCGGGCGAGGAGGAGGAGGAGGAGGAGGAGGAGGAGGAGGAGGAGGAGGAGGGCUGGGAGGAUGAUGGGGGCGGCUUCGAGCUGCGCCAGCUAUGUGUGGCGGCCACGCGGCGCGCCACGGCGCACUGCUGCUGGCAGCGCCAGCUCACGCAGCGCCCGCUGGUGCUGCUGCGGGACGCCUCGCUUCUUGAGGUGCAGCUGCAGGAGGGCAUGCAGGUGGUGGAGGCGUGGCGGGCGCCGGCAGGCACGGUGCCGCAGCGGCUGCAGGGCGUGCUGCAAGUGCAGAGCGCCCCCCAGCCGCGGACAGGCAAGGCCCCCCACUUGGUGCUGGCUCUGCGCGACCGCCUGAGCCGGCUGGACCUGCGCAGCAACAGCCCCGCCCUGCAGCAGUUCUGGCAGUGCCCGCAGGGGCAGCACAUCACCGCCCUGUGCGCCCCUCCCGCUAAAUUCGGCAGCGCCGCCCAGGACGGCAGCCCGCCGCCCAUCGAGCACCUGCUGGCGGCGGCCGUCAGCACGGGCCAGCCUGGCGGCGGCAGCCAGGUGUUACUCUUUGACAUGCGGCGCCCCGCGCUACCUGUGGCCAGCUGGCAGCAGCCGGGCAUGGACAGGCAACUUGCAGAGCCCGCCUCGCUGCUGCGCUGGCUGCCGGCAGCGGCCAGCGAGCCCCCAACGGCGGCAGCUGUGGCAGCAGCGGGCGCCAGCGGCAGCAGGGAUGCGGGGGAGCAGGAGCAGCAGCGCUGGGGCGGCGUGGUGGUGGCGGCCAGCGGCGACAGCGGCCGGCAGAUUUCCGGGCCGGCGAUGCUGGCCCGCGGCGGCGCAAUCAGCGAGAAGCCUGCAGGCAGCGCCGCGAUGGCAGCGCUGCUGGACCGCUUCCAGGCGGCGCUGCAGCAGCAGGAGGACGAGCGGGAGCGGCAGCAGCAGCAGGGGCUGCAGGGGGAGCAGCAAGAGGAGGAGGAGGAAGAAGAGGAGGAGGAGGAGGAGGAGGAGGAGGAGGAGGAGGAGGAGGAGGAGGAGGAGGAGGAGGAAGGGAUGGAUGUGGAUGAAUCCGGUGCUGCUGAUCAGCAGGACAAGGAGCAGCAGCAGCAGCAGCAACAGCAGCAGCAGCAGCAGCAGCAACAGCAGGGGCAGCAGCAAGACGGCUCGGCUGGGCAGCUCCGGCAGCCGCCUGGGGCCGCGGGAGCCUCCGCCUUGAGCACGGCAGGUGCCGACCUGGUGCCAGCCCCGCUGCGGCCGCCUCCGCCCCUGCCGCUCCCGCUGCGAUUCUUGUGGCAGCCAGCGCACACGCUGGUGGUGACGCCGCUGCCGGGCCCGCCGCUGCUGCUGGCGCCGCCCCCGGAGCAGCAGCCCGCGCAGGCGCAGCGGCUGGCGGCGGGGCGGCUGCUGCUACAGAGGCAGCAGGCGGCGGCGGGCGGCACCAUUCGGGUGUCCAAGGUUCCGCUGCCCGGCCAGCGCCCCCGCCUGCAGCUGCUGGGCGCGGCAGCCAUGGCCAGCGACUGGGCCAGCCGCGAGGCGCUGCCGCUGCCGCUGCUCCUCACUCCGCACGGGGACGUGGCGCUGUCGCUGCUGCAGCAGGCGCCGCUGGCUCCCACGGCGCAGCAGGCGGCGGCGCAGGACGGCCAGGCGCCGCAGGGUCCAGAUGCGGUACCGGUACUGCUGCCCGCGGCUCGGGCUGCCGGCGGCAGCGGCGGCAGCAGCGACGAGGAGGGCGAGGAGGGAGCGGCGGCGGCUGCGGCGGCAGCGAAUGGCGUGGGUGGUGGGGAGGAGGCGAUGCUGCCGUAUGUGCGGGGCGUGCCCAAGCCUCUGGUCGCCCUGGUGGCUGCUGGCGAGCUCGGGCGUUGCGGCUGCUGCGCCUCCUGCCUGGCCACGCGCUCCGGCUGCGCCACCGUGCGCGCUCUGCAGAAGACCGGCCUGAUGCCCGCUACCCAGCGUGGCCACAGGCUAAGCGAGGCUCGGCCGCUGCUGACGGUGCCGGCGGGGGAGCACGGACGGAGCAUCGUGCAGCUGCCGCUGCACUUGGCCUUGGCGCAGCAGCUGCUGGCCGAGUGGCAUGGCCCGCCUCCCACUCAGCAGCAGCAGCAGCAGCAGCAGCAGCAGCAGCAGCAGCAGCAGCAGGCGCUGGAGGCGGUGCUGCGGCAGCUGCGCCGCCCCAUCUCCCUGCACGAGCUGUUUGCUGCGGUACAGCUGCAGCAGCAGGUGGAAGCUUACGAGUCCGCCAGCAGCAGCAGCAGCAGUGGGAGCAGCAGCAGCGAGAGCGAGGAGGGGGAGGAGGAGGAGGAGGGCGGCGGCGGCGGCGGCGGCACGAAGGGUGGGCAGGGGCCCGCGCCAGCGGGAGCUGCCGGGGCAGGGGCGCAGGCGGCGGCUGCCAGGAAGCUGGAGCGGCAACAGCGGCGGGUGCGCCGCCGCCUGCUGCGCGACUGGCUGCGCGCGCGGCGGCACGAGCAGCGCCAGCAGCAGCAGCAGCGGCAGGAGGCGCUGGCUGCGCUGCUGGCAGGUGAGGCGUCUCGGGGCGGCGCCGCCCCGGCGUCUGCCGCUCGCGCAGUGGGCGGCCGGGCGGCGCGCGGGGCCAGCCCUCAGCAGCGGCAGAAGGAGCGGCGGAAGCAGCGCAAGCGCAAGUCUGCUGCCGCGGCCUCGGGGCAGCGCCUGGAGCCAGGCAGCGCCGCCCUGGAGGCGGCGCUGCAAGCGGCGGGGCUGCUGCCGCUGCGGCGGCCGCGAGGCACCGCCGCCGAGGCGGCGGCCGCGCCCUUUGGGCCGCAGCAGCAGGGGCGCAGGCUGCGCGAGGCGGCGGCGCCGCUGCUGCCGCCUGCCGCUUUCCAGGAGCAGGUUGCUGCGGCGGUACAGGACCUGGCCGUACCAGCAGCGGCGGCUGGCGCAGGAGAAGACGGCCUGCAGGAGCAGCAGGGGCCCUUCGAAUGGCGGCUGCAACCCCGCAGCUAUGCUGUGCACGGCACGGCUGGCUGGGCCGCCUCGAGCGGCGCACUCGAGCGGCAGCCACGGCAGCAGGCACCAGCUGCAGGCGGGGCAGGCGAGCCCAGCGCUGGCAGCGAUGUGCCGCUGGCUGCCCUGCUGCCGCCGCCUCGGGUGACAGCCGCGGGCGCGGCCGCCUCUGUGCUGCUGCCCGUGCAGCAAGCAGCGGCGCAGGAAGGCCCCUCCACCUCCGCGGCCGCGGCGGCUCGGCCAGCCGGCGGCGGCAGCAGCGGGGGCACCCUGCUGCGCCUGCGCCAGCCGGAGGAGGCUGUGAGCGCCGAGGCGGCGGCGGCGCUGCAGGAGCUGCGGGCAGCCUGGGAGCCGGCGGCUGGCUGA